GGAAUUGGUUUAGUACUCCGUUAAAAUUCUAGCAUGUAUAUUAUAUAUACAACACGCACAUCAAAUUUCCAAACCAGAUAUAUAUAUUUUUGAACAAAAUAAUACGAAAAAAAAAUUGUACCUAACAACAACAACAACAACAACAGCUACAAGAGCAACACGGAGUGCUGAAACGAUGUCGCACAAGUCCAGCUCCAACGAAGAAGAAGACGACAACGACGACGACGAAGACGACGACGAAGAAGAAGAAGAAGCCGCAGGAGCAGGAGCAGACGGAGCAGGCAGAGAAACAGGCGGAGGAGCCGGAGCAGGAGCAGGAGCAGAAACAGCAGAGGCAGGCGGAGGAGCAGGAGCGGGAGCAGCGAUCGCCAGCUUCAUCACCUGCACAUCUGCAUCCAGCUCUGGCUGCCCCAACAAGCUGCCCGGGCUGGACGUCGCGGAGCAUGUGGAAGAUCUGGUCAUGCUGGAGCUGACACAGACUGGCAACAGAAUGGACUGCAUGGAGGAUGUUGUGCUGCAGCAGCGGCAGCAGCUGCCGGAGCCGAGCUAUAAAUAUGGCGUCUAUCGCAGCAGAUCGGAGAAUCAGCUAACGCACCGGCUGGAACAGCAGCGGGAGGAGCAUGACGUUGACCAUGAGGUAAUCGUUGUGGGCGAAGUCAAUGAGCUCGACGACGAACAGGAUGACAACGACGACGACGACGACGACGACGACGACGAUGACGAUGACGACGAGGAGGAGGAUGUGGACAACGAUGAGGAUGAGGAUGACGACGAUGACGAGACCACGCCCACCACACCAUAUACGUAUGCAAACGAAAGCCCAAGCGAUUAUCGACCCGGCGGCUAUCAUCCGGUGAACGUGGGCGACGCAUUCCAUCAGCGUUAUUUUGCGAUCAGCAAACUGGGCUGGGGUCAUUAUUCGACCGUGUGGCUGUGCUAUGAUACGCAAAGGAAUCGCUAUUGCGCCGUCAAGCUGGUCAAGUCGGCGGUGCUCUAUGCGGAAUCGGCACGGCACGAGAUCCGGCUGCUGCGGCACAUCGCCCAGCUGAGCUGGCAUCCUCUGCGGGAUCGUGUCGUCAAUCUGACGGACAACUUUAGCACAAGCGGCGUAAAUGGCACACAUCAGUGUCUGGUCUUCGAUGUGCUCGGCGACAAUAUGCUAAUGCUGAUCCAGCGCAGCGGCUAUCAGGGUCUGCCGCUGUACAAUGUCAAGCAGAUCGCCUACCAGGUGCUCCAGGGCCUGUAUCUGCUGCACGACCAGGGCAAUCUGAUACAUACGGAUCUGAAGCCGGAGAAUGUGCUGCUGGUGGCGGACGAUGUGGCGCUGCGCAGCCAGGCGGCCGAGGCGUCCAAGAAGUAUCUGCAGGAGCAUGUCCAGCAGCUGGUGCUGGAUCCGGAGGCCAAGCUGAGCAAAACGGCCAAGCGCCGGCUGCGCACCAAGACCAAGCAAAGCAUCAGCUUCUUUCAAUCGCAUCGCAAGUGGCUGCGGGAACGCGGCAUCACCGAUCUCCUGCAGCUGGCCCGGCACGGUCUGCUCACCACCAAAAUGGCCGUAGAUGCGGUCACCAAUCAGCUGCCCUUUCUCGCCUACGACGGACCGAAUAUACUGAACGAUGCGGAGCUGCAGCAGCUGCAGGCGCUCAGCGAACAGUUUACGGAACAGGUCGGGGAUACGGCUCUGCUGCUCCGGCAGACGGCGCCCGGUGAGCCACAAUCGCAGCUGGCGGGCAAGAAGCGCGGCCGGGAGCGUCGCCAGGAGGCGGGCUCGAAGGCGAUGAAGCUGCUGAACAGCAGCCCGGAGAAGUUUAUGCGUUACGUGCAAAAGUGCAUCGAGCGGGAGGAGAAGGAGGACAACGAACCGUUCCAUUCGAGCAGCAAACGUAUCAAAAUCAAAAAGCCAGCCAAGAAACCGGCUGCCGCCCAACGCUUCACUCACUCCAAGGUGGAGCAACAAUCGAUGACAGCACAGCCGAAUCUGAAUCUAAUCAAGCGCACGGAUCCCGCACUGGAGCCGUGCAAGCUGAAGGUGGCCAUUGCGGAUGUGGGCAAUGCCUGUUUCAUCGAUCACCAUGUCACCGAGGAUAUACAGACGCGGGAAUAUCGCGCUAUUGAGGUCAUAUUGGGCGCCGGCUAUGAUACGUCGGCGGAUCUGUGGAGCGCCGCCUGCCUCUUCUGGGAGCUGGCCACCGGUGAAUAUCUGUUCGAGCCGAACAAAUGGCGCGGCGAUGCCUCGCAGGAUGAGGUGCAUGUGGCGCAUAUCAUUGAGACCUGCGGUCCCAUACCCAAGGAGCUGAUCGAGCGCGGCGAAUACUCUGCCGAAAUCUUUGAUGCCGACGGACAGCUGUUGAAUAUCAAAAAUCUGGACUUGCAUCCAUUGAACAAGGUGCUAAUGGAGCGCUACAAUUGGUCGCCAAACGAUGCCACGGAAUUCGCCGAGUUUCUAAUGCCGAUGCUGUGCACCGAUCCGUUGCGUCGCGUAUCCGCCUAUGCGGCCAUCAAUCAUCCGUGGCUCUUGCUGGACGAGGAGCCGCAGGAUAGCAAUUCGAAAUAGCCGAGUGCAAUACUUGUGUUGGGGGCAUAUUCUUGCAUUACAUUGUACAUAAAUCGAGGACCGAUCGAAUUGGGUGCAAACAAACAUAUGCUUAACAUAUGCAGGGUAUAUCUUAAAAAAAAAAAA